UCCGGGGCAGAGCCUCACGCGCAUCAACUCGGCGAUGAAGCGGAUCGAUCUGGUUUGCAAGAUGCUGGCUCCCGCAUUCGUGGGGAUCUGGCUGAGCAGCUUCUCGGCGAUUCCUUGCUUGAUCGCCACUGUCGCGUGGAAUGGUUUGAGCCUCGCUCUGGAGUAUCGGCUUUUGUCCACCGUCUACCACCGCGCCCCUGCGCUCCAGAAGCUCUCCAGAUCCAAGAAAUGCCAGGAUAAACUUGAUCCUAGAGCUCUAAGCGGUGUCACGCAACUCGUCAAGGGAGCUUGUAUUGCGAUGAUCGAUGGAUGGGCGAGCUACUUCAGACAAGAAGUGGUGCUAGCAGCGGUGGCAUUGGCAGUCCUCCACUGCACAGUUCUAAGCUUUGGAUUUGUGAUGACUGCCGCAUUGGCAUGGAAGGGAGUGCCAGCGCACAUAAUUGGAGUUGCAAGAGGCCUUGGAGCAUUCUUAGGAGUGGCAGCAACAUAUUUGUAUCCAGUUAUCCAGUCCAAGGAAGGAACCGGCAAAGCAGGCCUUUGGGCCAUCUCGACUCAAUGGCUGUGCUUGAUGGUGAGCGUGGCCUCGGUUUGGAUCCACAAGACCAGCGUCGCGACAUCGCUUCUUAUCUCUGGAAUCGUAGCUUCUCGACUGGGUCUGUGGAUGUUUGAUCUGGCCGUGACCCAGCUCAUGCAGUCCACAGUCGAAGAACAAGAGAGAGGAAGAAUUGGUGGCGUGCAAAGCGCCUUGCAAUCGCUGAUGACCCUCCUAUCCUUCGUUAUAACUAUUCUAGCACCAGAUCCAAAGGAGUUCGGAAGGCUUGUGAUCAUCUCCUACGUCAUCGUUACAAUUGCAGCCUUGCUCUUUUCAUCAUACUUCUACAGAUCUAGCUUACAAAAAUCGUGAGAGUACUGUCUGCCCAGCUCGCCAACGUUUGGAGCGUACUCACACUCAAGGCGACGAAGGUGUUGUUAAAGUUCGUGACGAUAUGAACAGUUGUGUCUACAAGCGAGUAGUCAGCAUGACCACUCCCUUGAAUCCCAUCGGAUGCGCCUACUAGUAGAUGAUCAUGCAAAGCCUUCACUUGAUAGAUUUCUCGCUGUUGGUGAUCGGGAAAGCUCGAGUUUUCCAGUAGCUCUAGGCUGGAGUUCAUGCUCGAGUCCACAUCUCCAAGAAGAGCCUGGGCCUGGUUAACGUAGUAUGGAUACUUCAACUGGCACGAUAAGAUCAUCACUGGAAGAUGGUUUCUAACCCCCGAUUUUUGAGAACUUUGCUGGCUGUUGCUAUUAUCCUCC